AUGGCGGCUGGCGGCUGUUGCCUCUUCCGCCCCAACCAAAGCUUGGCCGUCCUAGAUAUUUUUACUACUGCGUCAUUAACAUCAAUUUAUUAUUAUGCUUCCCAGCCGCUAUCGCCUGGCCUCUGUCUGCUCCACUUUUGUAUACCCACAUUGUUGCUGUAA